UUAUACUGGUCUCUUCUUUUUAUUCUAACCAAAAUAAUUUAAAUAAAAAUCACCUUAUUUUUUAAAGAUUAAUAUCAGUAUAAAGAUGUACCUUUAAUAAUAAUAAUAGUGUUUGUACAUAAUUUAUGAGCCUGUCUGUGAUUUUCUGAUUAUUAGGUAGGCUUAGUCCGUCAAUAACAGCAGCAUAAAACGCUAUCUAUCAGAUGGACACGAAGACGUCCGCUUUGCUCUUUUUGGCUUUGUAAAAGAAAUAAAUAGAUACAAUCAGUAUCUAAAUUGAUUUUACAUAAAAUCUUGUUCUUAUUUUCCCUUCUUUUCUUUUUGCCCAAAAUUAGACAUAUAGCUAUACCGUUUCUCUCUCUCUCUCUUUAAACUUAAAUCCACCGGCAGCUCGUGUUCCCCACGCGCCGCUGCCCCUCAUGUAAUGUCAACUCUACGCCACCGCACACGUCCAGGCCCCAACCGGCCAGAACAGCCGCCGGAAGAGGAGGCAUACAACAUAAUCCCUGUCCACAAUCUCUUAGCCGACCACCCGUCCCUCCGUUAUCCGGAAGUACGCGCCGCCGCAGCAGCUCUCCGCACCGUCGGAAACCUUCGGAAGCCACCUUAUGCACAAUGGCAUCCUUCAAUGGAUCUUUUAGACUGGUUAGCUUUGUUCUUUGGUUUUCAAAACGACAACGUUCGUAACCAAAGAGAACAUUUAGUACUUCACCUAGCAAACGCUCAGAUGCGUUUAACACCACCUCCUGAUAACAUCGAUACACUGGACUCCACCGUUUUGCGUAGAUUUCGGAGAAAGUUACUAAAAAAUUACACCAAUUGGUGUUCCUAUCUUAACAAGAAAUCCAACAUCUGGAUCUCUGACCGGUCAAACAGUGAUCAGCGGCGUGAGUUGUUGUAUAUUUCGCUUUAUUUAUUAAUUUGGGGAGAGUCAGCGAAUUUAAGGUUUAUGCCUGAAUGUAUUUGCUAUAUAUUUCAUAAUAUGGCUAUGGAAUUGAACAAGAUAUUGGAAGAUUAUAUUGAUGAGAAUACAGGUCAGCCUGUGAUGCCUUCAAUUUCUGGUGAGAAUGCGUUUCUGAAUUGUGUUGUUAAGCCCAUUUAUGAGACCAUUAAAGCUGAAGUUGAGAGUAGUAGGAAUGGAACUGCACCGCAUAGUGCCUGGAGAAAUUAUGAUGAUUUGAAUGAGUACUUUUGGACUAAAAGAUGUUUUGAGAAGUUGAAGUGGCCUAUUGAUAUUGGGAGUAACUUUUUUGUGAUUUCUAGCAGGCAAAAGCAUGUUGGGAAGACAGGGUUUGUUGAACAGAGAUCAUUUUGGAAUUUGUUUAGGAGUUUUGACAGGCUAUGGGUUAUGUUGAUAUUAUUUUUACAAGCGGCCAUUAUUGUUGCUUGGGAACAGAAGGAGUAUCCAUGGCAGGCAUUGGAAGAGAGGGAAGUUCAGGUUCGGGUUUUGACUGUUUUCUUUACUUGGAGUGGGUUAAGGUUUUUGCAGUCUUUGCUUGAUGCAGGAAUGCAAUAUAGUUUAGUUUCCAGGGAGACUAUGGGACUCGGGGUCAGAAUGGUGCUAAAAACUGUUGUUGCUGCUGGGUGGAUUAUUGUGUUUGGGGUUCUUUAUGGGAGGAUUUGGAGUCAAAGGGAUCGUGAUAGGGGUUGGUCUACUGAGGCUAAUAGGAGGGUAGUGAAUUUUCUUGAGGCAUGUUUUGUGUUUGUGUUGCCUGAGUUGUUGGCUGUUGCUCUCUUUAUUAUCCCAUGGAUUAGGAAUUUUCUUGAGAAUACAAAUUGGAGGAUUUUUUACUUAUUGUCGUGGUGGUUUCAGAGUAGGAGUUUUGUGGGUCGUGGGUUGAGGGAGGGGCUUGUUGAUAAUAUCAAGUAUACUUUGUUCUGGGUUGUGGUUUUAGCUACAAAAUUUGCUUUCAGUUACUUUCUGCAGAUUAAACCGAUGAUUAAGCCGUCGAUAGUGUUGCUGGACUUUAAGGAUGUAAAAUAUGAAUGGCAUGAGUUUUUUGCAAACAGCAACAGGUUUGCAGUAGGGUUGCUGUGGCUUCCUGUGGUGUUCAUUUACUUGAUGGACUUGCAGAUAUGGUAUGCCAUUUAUUCCUCUUUUGUGGGUGCAGCAGUGGGAUUAUUUGCCCAUUUGGGUGAAAUCCGAAACAUCCAACAAUUGAGAUUGAGAUUUCAGUUCUUUGCAAGUGCAAUUCAGUUUAAUCUCAUGCCAGAAGAACAGCUGUUAAAUGCAAGAGGGACUUUGAAGAGCAAGUUCAAAGAUGCAAUUCAUCGGUUGAAAUUGAGGUAUGGGCUUGGCCGACCAUAUAAGAAGCUGGAGUCCAACCAGGUUGAGGCAAACAAGUUCUCUUUGAUCUGGAAUGAAAUUAUAAUGACUUUUAGAGAAGAGGAUAUUAUCUCUGACCGGGAGCUUGAGUUGUUGGAACUACCGCAAAAUUCUUGGAAUGUGAGAGUUGUUCGCUGGCCAUGUUUUCUACUCUGCAAUGAGCUGCUACUUGCUCUUAGCCAGGCGAAAGAGUUGGUAGAUGCUCCUGACAAGUGGCUCUGGUACAAGAUAUGCAAGAAUGAGUACAGGCGCUGUGCUGUGAUAGAAGCCUAUGACAGCGUCAAGCACUUGCUGCUUGAGAUCCUUAAGGUCAACACUGAAGAGCACUCAAUUAUCACCGUUUUGUUUCAGGAAAUUGAUCACUCACUGCAGAUUGAGAAGUUUACCAAGACUUUCAACAUGAUUUCUCUGCCUCAUUUUCAUACAAGGUUGAUUAAACUUGCUGAGCUGUUGAAUAAACCUAAGAAAGAUAUUGGUCAGGUGGUGAACACCUUACAGGCUCUGUAUGAGAUUGCUGUUCGGGAUUUUUUUAAAGAGAAGAGGACCACAGAACAAUUAAGGGAGGAUGGUUUGGCUCCUCGUGAUCCUGCUGCCAUGGCUGGUCUGCUUUUUCAGAAUGCAGUUGAAUUACCUGAUGCCAGUAAUGAAACCUUCUAUCGGCAGGUUCGGCGUUUGCACACGAUUCUCAUCUCUAGGGAUUCAAUGCAUAAUAUUCCUAAAAAUCUGGAGGCCAGACGUAGAAUUGCAUUUUUUAGUAAUUCCCUAUUUAUGAACAUGCCCCAUGCUCCCCAAGUUGAGAAAAUGAUGGCUUUUAGUGUCCUGACCCCUUACUACAAUGAAGAAGUGCUGUACAGCAGAGAGCAACUUCGAACAGAGAAUGAAGAUGGGAUUUCCAUUUUAUACUAUUUGCAAACAAUUUAUGAUGAUGAAUGGAAGAACUUUAUAGAAAGGAUACGCAGAGAAGGAAUGGUGAAGGAUCAUGAAUUGUGGACAGAAAGGUUGAGAGAUCUUAGGCUCUGGGCAUCUUACAGAGGCCAGACAUUGGCCCGUACUGUAAGGGGAAUGAUGUACUAUUACCGUGCUCUCAAGAUGCUGGCUUUUCUUGAUUCUGCCUCAGAGAUGGACAUCAGGGAUGGUUCGCGUGAGCUUGGUUCAAUGAGGCGAGAUGGUGGUUUGGAUAGCUUCAAAUCUGAAAGGUCUCCUCCUUCCAAGAGUUUAAGUAGAAAUAGUAGUUCAGUGAGUUUGUUGUUUAAAGGCCAUGAAUAUGGUACUGCUUUGAUGAAAUACACUUAUGUGGUUGCUUGCCAGAUAUAUGGGUCUCAAAAGGCAAAGAAGGAUCCCCGUGCUGAGGAGAUUCUGUAUUUGAUGAAAAGUAAUGAGGCCCUUCGAGUUGCUUAUGUCGAUGAGGUGAACACAGGAAGAGAUGAGACGGAAUAUUACUCUGUGCUUGUAAAGUAUGAUCAGCAGUCGGAGAGGGAAGUUGAGAUCUAUAGGGUGAAGUUGCCAGGUCCUUUGAAACUUGGAGAGGGUAAGCCAGAGAAUCAAAACCACGCUUUCAUCUUUACUCGUGGUGAUGCAGUGCAGACUAUUGAUAUGAACCAGGACAAUUACUUUGAAGAAGCACUCAAAAUGAGAAACCUUUUGGAAGAAUACAGGCUCUAUUAUGGAAUUCGGAAGCCGACUAUCUUGGGAGUCAGGGAACACAUAUUUACUGGUUCUGUCUCAUCACUGGCAUGGUUUAUGUCGGCCCAGGAAACAAGUUUUGUCACCUUGGGACAGCGUGUUUUGGCAAAUCCUCUGAAAGUUAGAAUGCAUUAUGGCCAUCCAGAUGUCUUUGACAGGUUUUGGUUCUUAACUCGUGGCGGCAUCAGCAAGGCUUCCAGGGUGAUUAACAUUAGUGAAGAUAUUUUUGCUGGCUUUAACUGCACUUUGCGAGGGGGCAAUGUCACUCACCAUGAAUACAUCCAAGUUGGCAAGGGAAGGGAUGUUGGAUUGAAUCAAGUUUCCAUGUUUGAAGCAAAGGUUGCCAGUGGAAAUGGCGAGCAGAUUCUUAGCAGAGAUGUCUACAGAUUGGGCCAUAGGCUGGAUUUCUUUCGGAUGUUAUCAUUCUUUUAUACCACUGUUGGAUUCUAUUUUAAUACAAUGAUGGUCAUUCUGACAGUCUAUGCAUUUCUAUGGGGCCGUCUUUAUUUUGCUCUUAGUGGAGUUGAGGCUUCUGCCAUGGCUAAUAACAACAGUAACAAUAAGGCACUUGGUGCUAUUCUGAAUCAGCAGUUCAUUAUCCAGCUAGGCCUCUUCACUGCUCUUCCAAUGAUAGUAGAGAAUUCUCUUGAGCAUGGGUUCCUCCAAGCUAUCUGGGAUUUCUUGACAAUGCAACUUCAGCUCUCAUCUGUUUUUUAUACUUUCUCCAUGGGAACCAAGACUCACUUCUUUGGUCGAACUAUCCUUCAUGGUGGUGCAAAGUAUCGGGCAACUGGGCGUGGCUUUGUUGUGGAGCACAAGAGUUUUGCAGAGAAUUAUAGGCUUUAUGCUCGUAGCCAUUUUGUUAAGGCAAUUGAGCUUGGGCUGAUACUUACGGUUUAUGCCUCACACAGCACUGUGGCUAAGUCUACAUUUGUUUACAUAGCUUUGACAAUAACUAGUUGGUUCCUGGUUGUGUCGUGGAUAAUGGCUCCAUUUGUUUUCAAUCCAUCUGGCUUUGAUUGGUUGAAAACUGUUUAUGACUUUGAUGAUUUUAUGAACUGGAUUUGGUACAAAGGUGGUGUGUUUGAUAAAGCAGAGCAGAGCUGGGAAAGAUGGUGGCAUGAGGAGCAAGAUCAUUUGCGGACAACUGGGCUUUGGGGAAAGUUACUGGAGAUAGUUUUGGACCUUCGCUUCUUCUUUUUCCAAUAUGGGAUUGUCUACCAGCUAGGAAUUGCUGAUAAUAGUACUAGCAUUGCUGUUUACUUGCUGUCUUGGAUUUAUGUUGUUGUUGCUUUCGGUUUAUAUUGGAUAAUAGCAUAUGCUAGGGACAAGUACUCGGCCAGAGAACACAUCUAUUAUCGCCUUGUCCAGUUUCUUGUUAUUGUACUGACAAUAGUUGUUAUAGUAGCCUUGCUUGAGUUCACGGCUUUUAGAUUUGUGGAUUUAUUCACCAGUUUGUUGGCUUUUGUCCCCACUGGAUGGGGCAUGUUAUUGAUUGCCCAAGUACUCCGCCCCUUUCUGCAGUCCACUUCGAUUUGGGGCGCAGUGGUGUCUGUGGCUCGGCUCUAUGACAUCAUGUUAGGAGUGAUAGUUAUGGCUCCUGUGGCAUUUCUAUCAUGGAUGCCUGGGUUCCAAGCAAUGCAGACGAGGAUUCUAUUCAAUGAAGCAUUCAGUAGGGGGCUCAGAAUCUUUCAGAUUAUUACGGGAAAAAAGUCCUAGGUUGACUAAUGAUUAGAGUUCUGAAGUCAAGAUGCGAUGUAAGAAAAUGAUGCAAAUGAAUCAAAAGUGGAUGCUCUUUUCCAAGUCUUGUCUUGGAGUCUGACAUUGGUGGCCACCUAACUCGGUAAAGAUAUUUCAGUCAGAGGAGAGAAAAUUUGUAUUUGGUUUGUUCAUUGCAGGGAUUCAUCCUGCAUCGCUGUUUGUAAUUAUCGAGAUAUCUCAUGCUCCCAUUGAUGUUUAUUUUUGGGGGAGCCUUUUUGGUUUUAUUUGCUUUAACAAUUCCCACAUUUCUGAAAGUACAGCACUUCACACUGUGUUUAUACUAGUCUUGAGACUGAUAGAGUAUUUGUUAUUCUUUUCGCUAGAUGAGUAGCUAACUAGCUAUAUAGCUUGUUCAAUUUCUUGUAUUGUCUACUGGUCUGCAACACUGAUUAUCUAUAUACAAUGAUUUUUUUCCUCC